AUGGCUUCGGCGAAGACUUAUGUGACCAAGACAAAAUCCUUCGUGAUUUUGUUCUUCACCCCGAUCCUGCUGCUUCCACUCAUCAUUCUGGUACCUGACAAGUUUGUCAGGUGUGCCUACGUCAUCAUCCUCAUGGCCAUCUACUGGUGCACUGACGUCAUCCCUGUGGCCAUCACCUCCCUCAUGCCCGUCUUGCUCUUCCCCCUUUUGAAGGUGCUGGACUCCAAGCAGGUGUGUGUCCAGUACAUGAAGGACACCAACAUGCUGUUUGUGGGCAGCCUCAUUGUGGCCUCGGCUGUGGAGCGCUGGAAACUUCACAAGAGAAUUGCCCUGAGAAUGCUGCUCUUUGUGGGGACCAAGCCCUCACGGCUGAUGCUGGGCUUUAUGUCUGUCACGGCCUUCCUGUCCAUGUGGAUCAGCAACACUGCCACCACAGCCAUGAUGGUCCCCAUUCUGGAGGCCAUGCUGGAGCAAAUGGUAGCCACAAAUGUAGUUGUAGAUACCUGCCAGGAGACGCUGGAGCUGUCUGACAAGGACAAGGCUGGCGAGUUUCCAGGAAACCAGGUGAUAUUUGAAGAACUCAGUGUGCAGAAGCAGGAGGAUGAAGACACAAAGAACAUGUACAAGGCUAUGAACCUAUGUGUGUGCUAUGCAGCCAGCAUCGGGGGUACGGCCACCUUGACCGGGACGGGACCCAACGUGGUGCUCCUGGGCCAGAUGCAGGACUUGUUUCCUGACAGUAAAGACGUCAUGAACUUUGCAUCUUGGUUUGGAUUUGCCUUCCCCAACAUGCUGGUAAUGCUGGUGCUGGCCUGGCUGUGGCUCCAGUGCUUUUACAUGAGAUCCAAACUUAAAGCAUCUUGCAACUGCUGUGGGCUGAAGAAGAACGACAACGAGAAGGUGGCCUACAAGGUGCUGCAGGAGGAGUACAGGAAGCUGGGGCCCUUGUCCUACGCUGAAUGCAAUGUGCUCUUCUGUUUUGUUCUGCUCAUCAUCCUCUGGUUCUCCCGAGACCCCGGCUUCAUGCCUGGCUGGCUGUCCCUUGCCUGGGUCAAUGGAAAUACCAAUUAUGUCACUGAUGCCACAGUGGCCAUCUUUGUGGCCAUCUUGCUUUUCAUUGUACCUUCACAGAAGCCCAAGUUCAACUUCAGCAGCCAGACGGAGGAAGAAAUGAAAACUCCAUUCUAUCCCCCACCACUGCUGGAUUGGAAGUUCACCCAAGAGAAAGUGCCCUGGAACAUAGUGCUGCUCUUAGGGGGAGGAUUUGCUAUGGCAAAAGGAUGUGAGGUCUCUGGGCUCUCUGAGUGGAUGGCAAGACAGAUGGAGCCCUUGAGUUCAGUGAGACCUGCCACCAUUACCUUCGUCUUGUCCUGUCUUGUUGCUACGAUAACAGAGUGCACAAGUAACGUGGCCACCACUAUGCUGUUCCUGCCCAUCUUUGCCUCCAUGGCUCAGUCCAUCGGCAUCCAUCCGCUCUACGUCAUGAUUCCCUGUACCAUGAGUGCGUCACUUGCCUUCAUGUUGCCUGUGGCCACCCCGCCCAACGCCAUCGUGUUUUCCUAUGGACACCUCAAAAUUGUUGACAUGGUAAAAACAGGAUUUAUAAUGAACUGCAUUGGAAUCGCAAGUGUGUUCCUGUCAGUCAACACCUGGGGACGAACCAUAUUCAACUUGGAUGAUUUCCCUGACUGGGCUAAUUUGACAAGAAUUAACACUUAGGAAGAGCCAUAGGAGCACAAGCAUGGCCCCCCACCCUUUUGAGGACUAUGGACCUUCCGGCACACCUUUCACAGAACUCUGGUGCUCAGACCCGCGUGUGAUCCCAUGAUGCCAACACCCCAAGAAGAUCUAGCCAACUAGCCACCUCUUUCUCUAGGCUCAGAUUCAGAGACGGCAGCAGGGGACUGAAAGAUAGGCUCAGAAGAGAAGUGAGGCCCUUUGGGAGGUCAUGGGGGCCAUCUGUCCUAGGACCCUGCUAUCUCCUCUGGGACAGGCAGGAAACAGGGACCAGGAUUCAAGAUCUUGCACCAUGUGACUUUGAAAGACUGCUGGUCCCAUGCUGGGCUCUGGUUCUCACGGGUCCCAUGGUGUCCACAUGGGGAUCAGAUCACCAGGAUGAGAGCUCAGCCCCUGUGCCUCUUCAGGAUGUCCCAGAUCAUCUCUGUCACUCUGAGGGACUUCCUAUCUAUGACUGAACUCUGAUCUUAAACAGCUUCUCACUGCCAGAGUGAGAGUCGGAGUCAAAGCCUCCUGAAGACUUGGACCCUACGUGGCGCCAUCACCAAAGGCUGAGCAGCCUGAGGUGCUAACAUCACAACAUUCCUGCUCACUCUUGGCUGUCUUAUUACUUGCCUUGUUUCAUAUUAAUUAACAAUUCAAACCCCUUUUCCAGCUCCCCACUGAGUCUUCUUCAACUCCUAGCUCCCUUUAUUGUCUUGGCCAGAAACUGCUCAGCCCCCUGGCCUAGGCUUCUGAGAAAACCCCUGUUUUUCCAGGGAACUCGGUUUGAUUCUUCUGGGAAUGCUAUUCCUGACAGCCCAGUACAGCUGGGAUAACACCGAGGAUGGACAACGGUGUCUCGUUAGAGGUUGGUAUCAAAGUGGGCUACCUAAGCCUCCCCUUGGCUAGACCCAGAGCAGAUUCAACAGCUCAUCUCCAAGUUCUGGGCCACUAGUUAGUCUGUCCUGCUGGAGUCUGGGCGCCUCUGGGAAGGCCUUUCCCCUGCUGGCUGUACAUUGUGGCCAGGCCUGGUGGCAACAGUGUGACUGUGACUGAGAGAUGCUUGUUGGUCCCAGACCCUACCAGAGUAAAUCAGCUGACCUGGCAGUAUGGGAAAUUACUCCAGGGUGUCCAUGGGAACCCACAGGACCCCUCACAUGAAAGGGAGACAGGAGAGGAAGUUCUCUCUUGUCCCUCAGUGACACUCUCUUCCCUGCUGAAAAGAAGCACUGGUGGGCAGAUAAGGUCCAUGGAUGCCAUCUUUUCUGGGCAGAAGAUAGUAUGGGGAUCCAAGGAAACCCCAUCAGAAACCAAGUGUGUGCCUGGUUCCGUGAGAGGGAGAACUCCUGACUGCACUGUUGAAGGCUUACUCUUGUCAAACACUCUGCCUGCUGUGGAAA